AUGAGGAUGACUACCCUAUCUCUCCUCUCGAUCUUACCGUUCAUAGGCUCAGCCUUGGGAGGUACCGCUUGUAAACCCGGAGCCACGACCGCUGCAUCUGUAAUUGGUGUAGGAGCUGUUGCUACAGAUGGUUCAGCCGGUGUAACUGCUGCAACUGAACCUACUGGAAAUUCCAUUAAUCCAGAUAGUGGGCUCCCAUCUACCGCUGCAUCUACUACUGCCGGUGGAAUAUCAGCAGUAGCAACUGAUGCUGCCUCAAGUACAGGUGCCGGUUCUGCCUCUGUUCCAGUGAACACACCUGCCGCACCUUCCGUCAUCCCAAGUACUCUAGAGCUCAAAGAACCAAGUAAGAAAGAAUGCGGCUGUGGCUACAAUGUUUCAGCUUUCGGUGGUUUUUAUAUGCCUUAUCGUUUCGCCUUUGACUUUUCGACUGUUGAAGAUAAGGAUUUUACUGGACCUGAUGAUUUGUUGGAAUAUGGAUUCAGGAUUAAUAAAGGUCAUCAUGUUGGUGGUCCAUCGAGCACUGGUACUAGUGAAACUGGCGAAUCGGAACCUAUCAAUCAAUGUUUAGGUGACCCAUCAAGUGUUUCCUUCAAUAACGGCAGUUUGCUUUUGACCAUGAAAGCUAAUCAAGUACUAUCGGGCGAGAUGAAGUGCCCAGAAGUGAUUCACAACAACAGUACCUUGUAUGGUAUCUUCCAAUCUGAAAUUCAACUUACUGACACCCCUGGUACCUGUCAAGCCAUGUGGCUCAACCAUACCGAUUCUGCAGCAUGGGGAGAUGAGCUUGACAUAGAAGUUAUUGGAGGCGCGAUCCUCAGUCCCAAUGCACAAAAGACACCUCCUGGUCUAUACUCCAGUAAUUGGGAUCCCAUGGGUGAUCCUAACUUUCCUCUUGAUUCCACAAAAUUGCCCCACACAUUCGGCAAAGACGGAAACAAGCAACCUGAUCCGUUCCCAUCUGAUCCUACUGGAGACUUCCAAAAAUUCGCUAUAGCAUGGCUACCUGGAGAUUAUUCACCUAGAUAUUAUAAUGGGAAAGAAAUUGGUUCACCCAAGCAGUACAACGCCAUUCAUCCUCAAGAGCUGAGUAUCAACAACUGGUCUAACGGUUCUCCAGGCUGGAGUGCAGGUCCUCCUACACAAGACUCCAAAAUGAGAGUCAGAAGUGUAUUGUUCUACUAUCGAACAGAGGAACAACAAGAUUUGAUUCAAGGUUGUAAAUUGGAAGAUAUCUGUGAGGUCUAA